UCAUGUGCAAUCAUCGACCUGUAGUUUGCAUAUCGGUUUUAGUAACUUGAUUAUGAAUGUAAAGUUGAAAGCAUCGUUGAAAUUUAAGGCGGCUGAUUUGAUAAAGAUUACCGUCACGACCAUUUAAAGUUGAUGAGAUAAACAAAUAAACAAGGUAAUCUAUCUAGCAUUGAUAUCCGGUAUCUUGAAAGAGACUUAUCAGCUGAUCAUUGGCUUUCUGUUGAAAGAGACACAUACAUGAGACGAUGGGAUGGUUAAGACACUUCAGUGUGAUUUUCUUUGCUGUCGUCUUUUAUAAGAUAUACACGUAUUUUAGGGGGACUUCAUUGCCACCGGUUGUUGAAGGCAAUUUUCAUCCAGAUUUCAGAGAGGUUGCCAAUGUGUUCAGAAAGCUUGUGGAGGAUGGAAGUGAAAAGGGGGCGUCAUUUGCCGUCUACUACCGUGGGAAGCCAGUGGUAGACAUGUGGGGUGGAUAUGUUGACUUAGAGUCAGAGCAAAGAUGGAGAGAGGACACAAUGACAUUGGUCUUUUCUUGUACCAAAGGAGUAGCUGCCAUUGUAGCAGCAAAGCUUGCUGACAGAGGAUUCCUUGAUUAUAAGAAAUUGGUGUCACAUUAUUGGCCUGGAUUUGGUAAAAAUGGAAAAGAGAAUAUCACGGUUGAAAUGCUUCUGAGUCAUCAGGCAGGCCUUGUUACAACCAAUGAGACUGUUCCAUUACAUUGGUUAUUAACAGACCCUGAUAGGUUGGAACAAUUCCUAGAAAACCAAACACCAACCAUUGAACCAGGCUUGGGAGUUAUCUACCAUGCUAUCACCUAUGGUUUGUACUUGGACCGUUUGCUGCCUAAAAUUGAUCCCAAAGGUCGGUCAGUGAAACAAAUGUUUGAAGAAGAUUUUGCAAACAAGUUCAAUAUAGACUUUUCUAUUGGAUCAACCCAAUCUGAUGACUAUCGGUUUGCUCCUUUCACAUCACUUGAUGUCAGUAACUUGAUAUUCAGGUUUCUUACCAAACCAUCUUACUGGGAUGUGUUACUUAAUAUGGCCUGGCCAAACUCCCUAGUACUGACAGCAAUGACUGCCAUAAAGGAGACUGAAAAGAUUGCGAUGUUUAGAAAUCCAGAGAUUCGGCAGGUCCCUCUAGUGUCCACUAUGGGUCAUGGUAAUGCCCGUUCACUAGCCAAACUGUACGGAAUUCUCGCUAAUGGUGGGCAGAUGGAUGGAAAGCAAAUGUUAUCACAAGACAUGAUCAACAUCCUGAAUAAACCAGUGGUGGAUAAACUCAGUCUGGAUUUAUACAGACCUGUAACAUAUGGACUUGGUGUCAUAUUCUUUGGCAAUCCACAGGGUGGAAAGGUGUUUGGACACACUGGUUUUGGUGGACAGAUGGCAAAUGCAGACUUAAAGAACCACCUAAGUGUUGCCUACAUUACAAAUCAUCUGUCAGAAUAUGCAUUCGGAGAUGAUCCCAAGUAUUUAGCUUUACAAAAAGCCACUUACAAUUGUCUCGAGAAACAUUCCAAAAGAUAUUCUAAUUAAAGAUUGAAAUCUU